CAUCGCAGCUCUCGCUUUCUCCGAAAAGCACUCACACACACACAUACACCCAGAGAAAGCCAAUAGAAAAUCGCACACAAGAAGCCACAGCGAUUUGCAGUGUACAUUUCGAGUUUUGCCGUUCGUGCGGCAGGCGAAAAGUGAAAGUCUCAAGAGUUAUUACCGCCCACCCAGCGCGAAUUCAUUCCGUUUGAUUUGCGAGCGCCCUCCCUCCUGUUGUUAUUGUUUUUGUUGUUGACUUAAAAUCAAUAAAAUCCGGCUGGCUCUUGCACAAUGGACUUCACCCGAUUCAUGAACAAGUUCAACGAGAUCGAGCGCCAACUGUCCCCCACCUCAGCGCUGCGCCUGAGCUUCGACAACAUCUCGCCGGAGACGGAAGAGCCGCCGGACGGGAACAAGCGGCUUUGGGGUGUGCCCGUGCCGCCCUUCGUCUCCGACAAAGUCGUAUCGUGGAUCGAGGAGGAGUUUAACGAGGCGCCCGUCUUCUACAAUGGCAACACUGUGCUCAAGAAGGUGGAAAACGUGCGGAUGAUAGAUCGCUACAACACCAAGAAUCCCACGGUGGGUACCCUAUAUCUGACAGCCACCCAUUUGAUUUUCGUGGAGCCCGACAGCAACAAGGAGACCUGGAUACUUCACAUGCACGUGGCCAGCAUUGAAAAGCUACCACUAAGCACCACAGGAUCGCCGCUGCUCAUCCGUUGCAAGACCUUCUUGUCGGUGACAUUUGUCAUACCCAAGGACUCCGAGUGCCACGAUGUAUACACCUCGCUCCUUAAGCUCUUCCAGCCGGUGUCCAUCAACAAAUUGUAUUGCUUCAAUUACCAACCGGCCAAGGAUGAUUUCCCCAAGAAUGCCGGCUGGGACUUCUUCAAGCUGGAGGCCGAGUUCAAGCACAUGCUGGUGCCCAACGAGAACUGGACGCUGUGCUCCAUGAACGAAAAGUACGAGCUGUGCGACACUUAUCCGCGUCAGAUCUAUGUGCCCAAGGAGGCCACCACGCUAAUGCUGAUCAGCAGCUCGCGAUUCCGCUCCAAGGGUCGCCUGCCAGCGCUUACCUAUCUGCACAAUAACAAGGCCUCCAUUUGCCGCUGCAGUCAGCCCCUGUCCGGCUUCAGUGCCCGCUGUCUGGAGGAUGAGCAAAUGCUGGAGGCCAUACGCAAGACAAAUCCAAACACAGACUACAUGUACGUGGUGGACACGAGGCCGCGGAUAAAUGCGAUGGCCAACAGAGCCGCCGGCAAGGGAUACGAGAACGAGGCCUUCUACGAGAACAUCAAGUUCCAUUUCCUGGGCAUCGAGAAUAUUCACGUGCAACGUGCCAGCCUGCAGAAAGUGCUGGAGGCCUGCGAACAAAAGUCACCGACGAUGAGCGCUUUUUUGAAUGCCCUCGAGUCAUCCGGCUGGCUGAAGCACAUACGCUCCAUAUUGGACACGUCGAGCUUUAUAGCCAACGCUGUGGACAAGGGUGUGUCUGUGGUGGUCCACUGCUCUGAUGGCUGGGAUCGCACUGCCCAGGUGUGCUCGCUGGCCCAGCUCAUGCUGAAUCCCUACUACCGGACCAUCAAGGGCUUCCAGGCUUUGAUCGAGAAGGACUGGCUGGCCUUUGGGCACAAGUUUAGCGAGCGUUGCGGUCACAUUCAGACGGAUGCGCGAGAAGUCUCACCGAUUUUUACCCAGUUCCUGGACUGCACCUGGCAGCUGAUGUCGCAGCGCAGCGAAUCCUUUGAGUUUAACGAGCGCUUCCUGCUGAUCCUACACGACCAUGUGCAUUCGUGUCAGUUUGGCACCUUUGUGGGUAACUGCGAGAAGGAUCGCCUGGACUUGAAGCUGGCAGAGCGCACAUUCUCCCUGUGGGGCUUCAUGGCCAACCACCUGAAUGAGUAUAUUAAUCCGCUGUACAAGCCCAAUGUGGAUGAGUCCAUCAAGGCCAACCUGGCGCCCCAGUGCAUCAAAUUCUGGCGGGGCAUGUACAGCCGUUUUGAGAGCGGCAUUCAUCCGCGAGAGCCUCUAGGCGAUCUGCUUCUCGAUAGCAAGGAACACUGCAACUCCUUGGAGGAUCACGUGCAGCAUCUAACCAAGCGCAUAGCCAGUUUCAAGAACUACAUCUCCAAAUCGGCCAAGAAGCUGCAGGAUGCCACCAGCAACACCGCAAAGGUCAGCAAGGAGCCCGCCAGCGCAGAGAUCAAUGAUAACAAAUACAAUUAUGACAAAAAGCUGAGCGAACUCUCGGCUGCCGAUGACGAUCAUCCUUUAAAAGCCAGCAACAUGUCCUUUGCCAGCUUGUCGCUGAAUGCGGAGCAAGCCAGUGCGCCGCAAACCUUGCCCGAGGAGAUCAACUCCGUGGCUGUGGACUGGAAGCCCAUGAGGAAUGUGACCACCUGCUCCUGUUCCACGCCCUUUGAUCAGUUUACGAAAAAGACCCAUUGCUGGCGCUGCGGGGACAUCUUCUGCGAGCGUUGCAUAGACAAGAAUGUGGCUUUGCCUGGACACGACAGUGGCAAGGCAGUGCCCGUGUGCCGCGGCUGCUUCCGGCAAAUGCAGAUGCAAAAGCAGAGCCCGUAAGGGGCAAGUCAGGCAGUGAUUGGAAAUGAUAACUCUAUUAAAUUAAAUUGUAUUGUA